GUGUUGGGAAGCUCCUCGCACACACACACAGUCCACGGAGCGCGAACUACGACAGGAGCUUCUACUAAAAACAACUUCUGUAAAAUCACGACGCUUUUUACGUAUAUUUAGAACCGACGCAGAGCAAGAAACACAGUUUUCCCCACCGGAUUCGAGUAUUUUAUCCCGCGUUUUCCCCUUCUUUUUCCCCCUGGAGAUGUGUCGCUUGGAGAACUAGGAGCGAACAGCGUUGCACACCGACGCCGGGAUGAGUGGCAGCUCCUCGGUGUCCGGCGCGGCGCCGUGCCGCUUCGCUCACUACUUUGUUAUUUGUGGGAUAGACACAGAAACUGGACUGGAACCAGACGAGUUAGCAGCUUUGUACCAGUGGCUAGAAGCAGACCGCCAAGGCAGAGAUCCAGAUACUGCAGCCACAGGUGAAAAUUUUGAGCAGAGCCCCCUGAAGAGGACCUUCAAGUCCAAAGUUCUCGCGCGAUACCCGGAGAACGUGGAGUGGAACCCCUUCGAUCAAGAUGCAGUCAAUAUGCUGUGCAUGCCUAAAGGCCUGUCGUUCAGGACGCAGGCGGACCAGCGGGAGCCACAGUUCCACUCCUUCAUCAUCACCAAGGAGGACGGCUCUCGAACCUACGGCUUUGUUCACACCUUCUACGAGGAGGUGACCAGCCCUCAGAUCUGCUCCGCCAUGCAGACCCUCUACCAGAUGCACAAUGCCGAGCACCCCUCCGCCAACCCCCCUUCCUCCUCCUCUUCCUCCUCCUCCUCCUCCAGCAUGGACUCUUUGGCCAGCAGUUUAGACGAGGCCGACCCCCCCGCCUCCUCCUCGUCCUCCUCGUCGUCUUCUCGCGGGGUGGGAGGCUACGACUCGUCUCGGGACACGCUCUAUGUCUCCAAGGCUCUGUGUCUGAUCACGCCCAUGCCCUUCAUGCACGCUUGCCGUCGCUUCCUGUCUCAGCUGCACCGGGCCGUCACAGCCCCACCGCCCCCCCCUCUGCCGCUCGAGAGCUACGUUCACAACAUCCUGUACGAGGUGCCGCUGCCCGCUCUGGGACGAUCGCUCAAGUUCCACGGCGUGUACGAGCCAAUUGUGUGUCAGAGGCCGGGGCCUGGAGAGCUACCAUUGGCUGACUUCCCCCUGGCAGAGGUGUUUAAUCUGUUAGGAGUUGAGAACCUGGUCCAGGUGUUCACAUGCACCAUGCUGGAGAUGCAGAUCCUCCUCUACUCACAGGACUACCAGCGGUUGAUGACGGUGGCCGAGGGCAUCACCACGCUGCUGUUUCCCUUCCAGUGGCAACACGUCUAUGUUCCCAUCCUGCCAGCCUCCCUCCUGCACUUUCUGGAUGCUCCUGUUCCCUACCUGAUGGGCCUGCAGUCCAAGGAGGGCACCGACCGCUCCAAACUGGAGCUUCCUCAGGAGGCCAACCUGUGUUUUGUGGACAUUGACAACCACUACAUCGAGCUUCCAGAGGACUUCCCCCAGUUCCCCAACAAGACCGAGUUCAUGCAGGAGCUCAGCGAGGUGCUGCUUAGCUUUGGCAUUUCGGCCAACACAGGGGCCCCACCACGGACCCGCACCAGUCCAGGCAGCACCCCCUCCACACCGGGCAGGGAGCGUAAAGUCGUUGCCCUCCGGCAGCUGGAGGAUGAUGGGCGUAACGGCAACUUGGCAGGGGAAGAGCUGGCUGUGCUGGAGCUGCUGCAGGGAAACGCUACCCUGGAGAGACUGCAGGCGCUGACCAGACGCACCGGAGUGACGGUGGCACGUGUGGACGCCCUGAGGGCCGGAGUCAAAGGUCAGGUGACUGAGGGGCAAGGGGGACAGACAGCAGCUGAAGACAUGGAGCUAAGGAACGCCAAGCUGAACGUCAAGCUGAGAGAGGUGUUCGCCAGCCGCUUCACCACCAUGUUUGCUGACUAUGAAGCCUUUGUUAUCCAGAGCGCCCCAGAUCUAGAGUCCUGGCUCACCAACAGGGAGCAGAUGCACAACUUCGACAAGGCCUCCUUCCUGUCAGACCAGCCUGAGCCCUACCUGCCUUUCCUCUCCCACUUCAUCGAGACACAGAUGUUCGCCACGUUCAUUGACAACAAGAUCAUGUCCCAGUGGGAGGAUAAGGAGCCGCUGCUCCGCGUCUUUGACGCACGCAUUGACAAGGCCCGCCUCUAUAACGUCCGUGCUCCCAGCCUCCGAUCCUCCAGCUACCAGAAGUGCUCUAUCCUCAAGGAGUCUGCUCAGGCAAUCGAGCAGCGGCUGAUGAAGAUCGACCACACGGCCAUCCAUCCACACCUGCUGGACAUGAAGAUUGGUCAGGGCAAAUACGAGCAGGGAUUCUUCCCCAAACUACAGGCCGACGUGCUCAACACAGGACCAACGAACAACAAGUGGUCUCACAGGACGGCAACAGCUCAGCGACGGAAAGAUCGCCAUAGACAGCAGACAGAGCACCUGACUCUCGACAAUGACCUGAAAGAGAAGUACAUGCAGGAGGCGCGCAGCCUGGGGAAGAACCUCAGACAGCCCAAACUGUCCGAUCUAUCUCCCGCCGUCAUCGCCCAGACCAACUGGAAGUUUGUGGAGGGGCUGCUCAAGGAGUGUCGCAUGAAGACAAAGCGUAUGCUGGUGGAGAAGAUGGGCCGGGAAGCGGUGGAGCUCGGCCACGGCGAGGCCAACAUCACCGGACUGGAGGAGAACACUUUGAUCGCUAGUCUGUGUGACUUGCUGGAGAGAAUCUGGAGCCACGGGCUGCAGGUCAAACAGGGGAAGUCGGCCCUGUGGUCCCACCUGCUGCACUUCCAGGCUCGUGAGGAGAAGCUGGAGCAGCAGCACGCUGAGUCACCAGUGCCACAUGUUCCUGAGAGGAGGAAGUCUGAUACUUCCAUAUCAAUGCCGUGUCUGCGUGUGUCUCUCAUACAGGACAUGAGGCACAUCCAGAGCAUGUCAGAGAUUAAGACAGAUGUGGGACGAGCCCGAGCCUGGAUCCGUCUGUCCCUGGAGAAGAAGGUGCUCUCUCAGCACCUCAAACAGCUGCUGUCCCGACAAGCCUUAACCAAGAAGCUGUACAAGCGUUAUGCCUUCCUGCGCUGUGAGGAGGAGAAGGAGCAGUUCCUCUUCCACCUGCUCUCUCUCAACGCUGUCGACUACUUCUGCUUCACCAGCGUUUUCACCACCAUCAUGAUUCCAUACCGCGUCGUCAUCAUCCCCAUCAAGAAGCUGAGCAACGCCAUGACCACCUCCAACCCCUGGGUGUGUGUGUCGGGCGAGCUGGGAGAUUCGGGCAUCAUGCAGAUCCCAAAGAACGUUCUGGAGAUGACCUUCGAUUGUCAGAACCUGGGGAAGCUGACCACAGUGCAGCUGGGUCAUGAUAACGCAGGGCUGCUGGCUAAAUGGCUGGUUGACUGUGUCAUGGUGCGCAAUGAGAUCACAGGACACACAUACAGGUUCCCAUGUGGUCGAUGGCUGGGUAAGGGUGUGGAUGACGGCAGCCUGGAGAGGAUUCUGAUAGGUGAGCUGGUGUUACCCAGCGGAGACGAGGAUUCUGGGAGGGGUUCCCGUACGCCCCCGCCGCAGAACUCACCAUCACAGACCAGACGCAUCAGCAUCACAUCACUGUCUGGACGAGGAUACAAACCAACCUCAGCACAAAUUCAAGAGGCCAUCAGUGAGGCGGUGAACAACAUCGUCAAACACUUCCACAAGCCAGAGAAAGAGAGAGGCAGCCUGACAGUCCUGCUGUGUGGAGAAAGCAGCUUGGUGUCCUCUCUGGAGCAGUUCUUCCAUCAUGGCUUUAAGUCGGCCCGGCUUUUCCAGAAGACCGUGUUCGUGUGGGACUUUGUGGAGAAGGCCGUCGCCUACAUGGAGUCAGCUGACCAGAUGGGAGACCUGCAGGAGACAGCGGAGCCCCUGGGGAUGACCUGUCAAUCACUCUGCCACUACGUCAACGCAAUCAACUCCACCCCCAGGAACAUCGGCAAGGACGGGAAGUUCCAGCUGCUGGUCUGCCUCGGAGCCAGGGACCGCCUGCUGCCUCAGUGGCUCCCCCUGCUGGUGGAGUGCCCUGUGAUCCUGCGGAUGUACGAGGACACGGCACUGCUCAGAGACCGCACCACUGUCAACGCCCUCAUCGGAGUCCUGGAGACGCUCCACGACUUCCCCAUCACACUGGAGGCCUCGCUGGUCAAAGGCAUCGACCUUUAACACCAACGGGAGGAGGGGGACCAAUCACCUCUACAUUUUCCCCUCACCAACACCUUCACCUCGACCUUUGCCUGCUUAUAGCCCAUUGGCUCCUGGAUUAUCACACACAUGGAGGGAAUGAGGGACAAGAGACCAAAGGAGCAAGUUCAACUGCUUCAUAUGAGAAGUCAGGGCUUUGGAUGAAGUAUUAUUACCACACCUCUGCUCUGAAAGACUCUUUUUAAUAAGGGACCAUACCAGUGAUUAAUCACAUUUACUUCAUUAACUACAAAUCCUACAAAUCCAAAUUUUGUGUACAAUUCACCAAAAUACUCCAUUUGUUUUUAGAUUGACUUUCUGCCUUCCAGGCAGUUUCAGUUCAGUCAGUACACUAUGAAAAUGAGACAAUCUUUAAAGGAAAAACAGCUGGUCACUGUAGUUUUUCAUCAAACAGAGGAAAUGGUGCAUUUGUUGGGAACUAUUUUAAGCAGUGGAUGAAUCCACAUUUGGAGCUCUAGUGAGUAUUUCUGGCAGCAGGAUGGUGUUACAAGCCAGAUGCACUGAUUUAAAGAUGACUUCUAAACCAUUGGUAUGGUCCUUUUAGAUUUUAGUCAUACAUUUAAUUUUUAAAGACCAGCAGCAGAUGUUUCUCUGUGUGUAGCUAGCCCUGCUUCUGUAGGUACUAGAUAACCCGUGUGCUAAAAUCCGUUCUCUCUCUCCUCGCUUGCGACUAGUGGUUUAUAGCGCCACCAUCCCCACUCCCUAGUUAGCAUUAGCAUUAGCGACGCAUGCCUAUGGGAUGUGGAGAGAAGAGACUGAGUGAUCACUGACACACUGGAACGAUGAAUAUAACGCAGAUAGAGACGGAGGUCUGCACUGUAACCCACUGACUUUCAGUGCCGUGUUGUUCGAGUCACCAGCUCUCCAUGCUUCUCUUCCUUUCUUUUCAUUGUUUUUUGGGGCAUUCUCUCUGCUUGCAGCCUGUGGAUGAACACAAAAACUGAUCUCAGCGAUGUGGCUCAGAGUCAGGAGCUUCCCUGUGGCUGCAUGGACAUUCCUACCCAAUGACGGGCCUCGAAAUGCUCAAAGUGUGUUUGUCAUAUUUGAAGGGUGUGUGUGUGUGUGUGUGUGUCCUCCAUUUAUUUUUAUAUCUUCCAUCUGUAGUGUACUGUAGGAGAGAGUGUGUUUGUGUGUGAUUUGUGUGUGCCUCACACAGUCAUAACAGUUUGCCAAUAUCGUCACUUUUUGAAAAUCAUCUUAACUUGAGGUCCGCUUAUUAGCUUUUUAAAUGCUUUUAACUGCAUCUAAUGUUCUUCAUCAGCAGUUGGAGUUUGCUCAGCUUGAAUGGAGUUGACUCCGCUGCUUUAAGUAAGGAACUUUUUGGUUGAAAGCUCUCGCAAAAGCUAGCAAGUGGACUUUAAUUAAUUAACAUUAUUUUGUCAAACUACUAUCCUGAAGGUCAACCGUGAACUUUUACACAAGCAAGAAAAAAAUGUUCUUUAAAUCAAUGUAGUAAACACUGGAAUACACACAUUAACAGAGUGAGUUUGGGGUGAAUCAGCCACCUUCAGUUCAAAUAUUACCUGGACCCUUCUACAGAUUUAAUUUCAGCAUAAUGAUGCACCGUUCGUGUUAUAUGGUACAAGCUCCCAACCUGAAAACGCAGAAACUAUCAGGUCAUUAAUACUUUGUCUCCACUAGGAGCUCAUAUAUCUUUAUUCUUCACGUCCUACCAGGGACUUUUAAAGGGAAUGUCUCUUUAAAUUAAAGUUCCUACUUGGGACGUUUUCCUAACUCCCACAAUUGUGCAACUAUGUUAAACCUUAUGCUUGUAAGCAGCACUGUAAUGCCAAUUUAUAGGCAUAGAUUUUUCUUCAUUUUGGGAAAUACACUUAUUUUGUGUGGUUAGCCUAGAUUAGCAUAAAGACUGGAAUCAGGAGCAAAUAGCUAGUCUGGCUCUGUUUACAGUUCCUGGCUGUAGUCUCUGUACAAGCAUGAAGGUACCACACUUGGCAACCUCAUCAAAAUUAAGUUCCAUCUCGUAACUUCCCCCAUAAACCACAAAUGAUCAUUUUCACAUUUCGUUUUUUACCAUUGUAUUAAUUAGUGAGCUUUAGAGGUUGUUAUUAGUCGGGUUUUUUCAACUUUAGACUGAGCAGGGCUAGUUAUUUCCUCCUGCUUCCAGUCUUUAUGCUAAGCUAGGCUAUCCACAUUGUGACUCCAGUUCCAGUCGCUCAUAUCUUUACACACAAGUCAUGAGACUGGUGUCAAUCUUCUCUAUUCACUCUCAGAAAGAAAGUGUUAUGCUUAUUUCCCACAGUGUUGAACUAAGAUAACAUUAGUUUGUUAAAACUGUACAUACAAUGAAAGGGUGAAGGAGAGGAUAGACAAACCCUUAAUUAAAUUUCCCACUUUGGAAGUUCAAACUCACAGUAGUCAGUG